UGUUAUUAUCACACAUUCUUUUACCAAAAGUAAGCAGCACGUUUGCAUUCUGGUUAGUCGACUUUCAGAUGCGUGUGAAAGCAUAACGUACAUGCCGUAAUGGAACUGGAUCAUCUUCACGUCUCGCUGGAAAUACUGUAGUGCUGUCUGAUUCACUGUUGCAGAAACAAUUUACCUCCACCUUCGUCUCUUCGUCUUCUGCAGGGAUAGGGUGAGAAUGUUGGUCCGCAGCCAAUCUGUAUAACUGGAAAUCGGAAAGUGCUAAAUCAACAGCUUCUCGUACAAGAGUUUUUUUGUAAACAACCUCGAAUUUUCUUGCAAUAUUUCCUCCGGCUACAAGUUAGCGACUGCCACUGAAUCUUGAACAAUUUACGACUGCCGACAGCAUCCAUGAACACUUCAUUAUUUAACCAAACGCUGGCGAAUGUUGUAACGGCUUUAAACAACACCACGCUAGCUUCGGCGGUCGGCACGAAGCAAAAAGCCGAUCCGGACCAAUGGAGACAAACCGCACCCUGGUCGGGCAACUGGACCGAGCAGCAGCAGCAUGAUUCAUAUGUUUUCGGUGUCGUCUGCUAUCCCAUCCUACUGGCUUUCUGUACCAUCGGCAAUGGACUCAACCUCGUUGUGCUGGCCAGUGAAAGAGAAAAACGACCACGAACUGCUACAUGACAGCGGUGGCUGUUGCCGAUUUGGUCUUACUAUGGUUCGCUCUUCCGCUCUAUUUGUGGAAUACAGCUUCUUCAUUUCAACUACCGUAUAGGACGGUAUAUUAUAAUACGACCAGAGCGACCACAUACGCGGUGCUACCAUAUAUGGCAUGGGGGCAGGAGUGGAGUUUGGAGUUCUGCGAUUGGGUUUUAAUCGUGUUUUCGAUUGAGCGUCUUUUGGCCGUAAUCAGACCGUUUGGUUUUAAGUGGCUUCAGCGGCCAUUGACAGCCCGAAUUAUCAUCAUUAUUCUGUUCGUCCUAGCUGCAAUGUUUGCCGUUUGUAAUUUUCCGUAUUGGCUUGAAAUAAACCGUGUGAAGGAUGGUAAAAGAACGCGGAAAUAUUGGCCCAAGUAUUUGAAAGAAUGGUAUCCCAUUCAGGAGAUGGCAGAGCUGAUCAUGUGUUUGUCAAAAUUUUUCGGCCUACUCCUUAUCAAUCUAAUCUUGAUCGCCGCUAUCAAACGCCAACAGAACUCCGAAAUCGGCAAAAUGCGCGCUGCGCAGCGGGCCAAUUCCGACAAAAAAUACCGCAACAGCAACGUUCUCCUUCUCUCCAGUGUGGCAUUAUAUUUGAUUUCCUGGUUUCCUAGCGUUGUUUACAAAUGCAUGGAGAUAUCCGACAUCUAUCACAUGUACAACUUUGACUAUACGGCUAAAAUGGUGGCAACGGCUCCCUGUCAAAUAAUGUCCUUCCUUUAUUACUCAGUGAACUUCUUCCUGUACCUGACGGUUAGCAAAAAGUACCGGAUGGAAUUCGCGCGCAUUUUUGCUCCAAUAUUUUGUCCGUCAUGGGCCAAGAAGCACUGGAAGAGCAUGUCGGAUUCGAUUAACACUACAGUGAGACCCAAUAGGAGCAAAGCAGCAGGCGUGCCUUCGUCGGCGACAUCGGUGGCGAAGAACGGGAAACCCGGCGGCGGGACUGGUGGGAAGCAAGAAGUGGGGAAAACUGUAAGCACUGCGACUGUCAUAUCGCUGCAUGAUUCUGGCAAAGAGAAAACGGCACUGACCCCGGUAUCCACCAUAAAAGAAUCGGUCACUUGAACUGUUGAUGCAUCCACACAAUAAUAUUUGCACAACUUUGCCAAAUGCUUUCUGAACUGUUAUGAUAAACAUUGGACACUCUUUAUGGAAGUUGUUUUUAAUUGGGGAAAAUACCAGACAUUUAAAAUUUAAAUGGAAUUCGUAGUGCAUCAUUCAGUUGUGUUAUCAUGAUCAUGAUGCUUAAUUAUUCAUAAAAUGGGGGAGCCAUUUAUGUUUUGGAUAUUAAAAAGCUAGCUUCUAACUGUUUCUGA